UAGCCGACUUAAACAAUAUCGUGUUGGUGUCAACUUACUCAACUUUAAAUUUCUAAAACUCGUUGCUGAUCUCCAUUGGCAUUUUUAAGUUUCAUAUGAACAAUUUUGUGACAUAGUUAUCAACGAUUAAUAAAUUUACAAUCGUCACAUAACGUACCUAUCUGUGUGAGACGAUUAUACAUUACACGACCCUUAAUAAGAAAAGUUUAUGACAAUGGUUCGAAUUGCUAUUUUAUCCAGAUCUAAUUAUCAACUCUAUAAGCGAUAUUUAGCGGAAAAGGUUGCCUGUGCAAUUAAUAAAAAUUCAACAGAUGUAGUAAAUGAAUUUAUGGCUAAUCUGAAAAUAGGCAAAGGAAGUUCCAUGAAUGAUAUUGGUUUACGUAUGCCUCUUAAUAUUCUUCAAAAACACUUUGAAACAAAUUCAUUUAAAGAUUUAAAAAUAUCAAGUCAUAAAAUAACAACCACUCAAUCAAAUCCUCAACAUAUAAUAAUACAUUUGAAUAAAAAUGAUUUUAUAAACAAUAUACUUAAAAACAAUAUGAAUGUAACUCAUCAACAUAAUGUACAGAAUUCUAAACCCUGCAUCAUUGAAUUUAGUUCUCCAAAUAUUGCAAAACCAUUUCACGUUGGUCAUUUACGUUCAACUAUUAUUGGAAACUUCAUUUCUAACUUAAAAAAUUGUAUCAAUGGUCGUGUUGUACGUAUUAACUACUUGGGUGACUGGGGACCUCAAUUUGGUUAUACUCUAUUAGGAUUAGAACAAAUGAAUUCAGACAUGUCUAAUAACAAUAUGACAAUAAAAUCAUUAUUCAAUGCAUAUAUACUAGCCAAUAAAAUGGCAAACGAUGAUCCGGGAAUUCAUAACAAAGCUAAAUCUAUAUUCAAUGAUUUAGAAUGUGGCAAUUGUACCACAGAUAUCAAAAACCUGUGGAAUGAAUUUAGAUCAAUUACUAAAAAUGAAUUAGAAGUUAUUUAUAAUAGACUGGGAAUAGUCUUCGAUGAAUAUGAUUGGGAAUCAAAGUAUGCAAAGGAAAAUAUUCAAGGUGUUUUAAAAAGACUCAAUGAAAUUGGUUUAUUAAAAUUUAAAGAAGAUGGAUCUAUUGUUGUGCAUUUUAAUAAUCAAGAAAUUACAAUUUUAAAAAAUGAUAGUUCUACAUUAUAUCUUACACGAGAUAUAGCUGCAGCACUUAGACGCCAUGAAUGUUACGGUGCUGAAGAUCUAUUUUAUGUUGUUGAUAAUACUCAAAGCAAACAUUUUUAUUUACUUAAAUCCUUAAUUGUACAAAUUAAUUCAAAUAUAAAUGUACACCACAUUCCAUUUGGAAGGAUACAUGGUAUGAGCUCACGAAAAGGCCAGGGAAUAUUAUUAGAUCAGCUUUUGAAUCAAGCAAAAUCGACUAUGAACUUAAAAAGGAAAUUUUCUGAAACAACCAAAAUUAAUUCAAUGAACGAUGAUGAUGUAGCAGAUAUAUUAGGAGUAUCUGCUAUAAUAAUAAAUGAUUUAAAACAAAAACGAAAAAAAGAUUAUAACUUUUCUUGGGAGUCAGCAUUACAGGUAAAUGGAGAUACUGGUAUAAAACUUCAAUAUACCCAUUGCCGUUUAAUAAGCCUAGAAGAAGUUAAUUCCAAUAUAAAUGUACCUACGGAAGUUAUUGCCGAAUGCUUUACUGAAACUGUUGCAUUAGAUUUAAUUUUAGAAAUCUCUCGAUUUGAAGAUGCAUUAACUGAAACUAAUCAAGAAUUAGAAGCAUGUAUUUUAGUUAACUAUUUAUUUAGAUUAUCCAAUUGUAUCAACAAAGCCUUAAAGGUUUUAAAUGUUAAAAAUUCUAGCAGUACUAUUGCUCAGCAGAGGAUUUUGUUGUUUCGUAGAGCUAGAGAAACUCUUAGUACUGGAAUGAAAAUUUUAGGAUUAGUACCAUUAAAAUCUAUGUAAUUUUAAAUUAUUUUACUUAGUUAUUUCAUUUAUAUUAUAAAAGUAUGGAUAAUAAUA